GACCAGCCUCCUGACGUCAAUCCCAACGGACCUCUUCUGGCGCUCCCGUACACUCUGUACCCGUUAUAAGCCUGGAACGCUGGCGCUGGUGAGAGUGCAGCAGGUGCGGGUGGUGGUGGAGGAGGAGUCUUUGGACGCGCUGCUGCUGCUGGUGGGGCUGCUGGGACUGGCUGGGCCGUAUACAGUCCGCCACUCACCCAUCCUCGCCAACCGAUGCAUGGUGACCAACAACACGACUCUCCACCUCGCCUGUUCCUUCUUCAACCACGCCUCUGAUAGCUCUCCUGCUGCUGCUGGGAGUUCGCUUGCUGAUGUUGGCCCCUCGGCGGUGACAACCAAGCAGGGAGUGAAAGAACCAGCGGCAGAAGCAUGGGGAAGCGGAGGAGGAGGGCGCACAUCUGAGGCAUUUUCCCUUCGUCCCCCUCUCCCUCUUCCUUUUUCCUGUUUCCUCGUUCCUUUGACACUCCUCGUUCCUUUGACACUCCUCGUUCCUUUGACCCUCCUCGUUCCUUUGACACUCCUCGUUCCUUUGACACUCCUCGUUCCUUUGACACUCCUCGUUCCUUUGACACUCCUCGUUCCUUUGACACUCCUCGUUCCUUUGACACUCCUCGUUCCUUUGACACUCCUCGUUCCUUUGACACUCCUCGUUCCUUUGACACUCCUCGUUGCUUUGACACUCCUCGUUCCUUUGACACUCCUCGUUCCUUUGACACUCCUCGUUCCUUUGACACUCCUCGUUCCUUUGACACUCCUCGUUCCUUUGCCACUCCUCGUUCCUUUGCCACUCCUCGUUCCUUUGACACUCCUCGUUGCUUUGACACUCCUCGUUCCUUUGACACUCCUCGUUCCUUUGACACUCCUCGUUCCUUUGACACUCCUCGUUCCUUUGACACUCCUCGUUCCUUUGCCACUCCUCGUUCCUUUGCCACUCCUCGUUCCGCUCUGUGCCACUCCUCGUUCCUUUGACACUCCUCGUUCCGCUCUGUGCCAUUCCUCGUUCCGCUCUGUUCCACUCCUCGUUCCGCUCUGUGCCAUUCGUUCCGCUCUGUGCCACCUCGUUCCGCUCUGUGCCAUUCGAUCCGCUCUGUGCCACCUCGUUCCGCUUUGUGCCAUUCGUUCCGCUCUGUGCCACUUCUUUCCGCUCUGUGCCAUUCGUUCCGCUCUGUGCCACUCCUCGUUCCGCUCUGUGCCAUUCGUUCCGCUCUGUGCCACUUCUUUCCGCUCUGUGCCAUCGUUCCGCUCUGUGCCACUCCUCGUUCCGCUCUGUGCCACUCCUCGUUCCUUUGACACUCCUCUCUGCCACCUCGUUCCGCUCUGUGCCAUUCCUCGUUCCGCUCUGUGCCAUUCCCCCUGCAGGCACUUCUUGUCCCGCAGGAACCUCUCCAACGCCCGCCAGUCAUCUCUUGCUUUCCUCCGCCUCUUGCCACCACCACUUCCAAUCACGCAGCACCGCACUGAACAGCACCAAAUAGAGCACCACCGAUCAGAGCGGGAGCAAGCAGAGCAGCAACGGAAGCAGCAGAAAAAGGGGAAGCAGCAGGAAGGACAGUGGCAGAAGGGGAAGCAGGAGGUGGGGAAGCAGCACGGACAGCAGGAGGCAGCAGCAGCAGCAGCAGCAGCAGCAGUAGAGCAGAGCUGGGUGCUGCCACUUUCCAUCUCCAUCGCCACAGAGGGCUCUCUGGCUGUCCGCACACGCCUGCUCCAAGGCUCCCAGCAAUCUGGUCCCUCCCUGCCGGGGCCAAUGGUGGUGCUGCGCGUGUCCAAGAGAACACCAGAGGGCGUACGCCUCUCCAUCUCCCCGUUUCUCUCUGUUCGCAACAACACUGGCUGCCCCUUGCAAGUCUGCCUGCGCCGCCGCCCUGCUCUCUCCGCACGAGCAGCAGCCAGUGGUGCUUCUGCUGCUGGUGCUCCUGGUGCUGCUAUUGGUGCUUGUGGAGGGGAAGCGGGGGUAGGAGCGGUGGGGCAGGCAGGAGCGGCAUUUGCCGAGCAGAAUGAGUUGGGGUCGUUGCAGCUAGGAGGGCCAGAGAAGGUGGUGCCAGGAGGCACAGCAGGGGAGCAGCAGGGACGGUCAGCAGGGGAGGGGCAAUGGGGGCCAGCAGCAGCAGAACGAGGAGGGGAAGGGGGGGAGCAGCAGGGGGGUCUAGAGGUGGUGGAGCAGUUGCAGCAGGGGCAGGCUCUGGACGAUGCGGCACUCUGCUUCCGCUUCGCUGCCUGUGCAGGCGAGCAGCGCCGCCUUGUCAACGACCUUGCAGCCGGCAAUUACCUGUUGUCGUUCCGGCCAUUCGCUGCCACAACCGUGUCAGUCUCACCCGGCCACGGGUCGUCGUUGUCUCCCAGAAGCACUGCCGUCUCGCCUGGGACUGGCGACCAGCAGCAGCAGGAGACUCAGCUGGAGCAACAGCAGCAGCAGCAGGAGUGGGAGCAAGAGCAAGAGCAAGAGCAAGAGCAGCUGUGCUUUGAUUGGUCGGAGGAGAUCUCGGGAUCUCAGGCAGUAAGAGACAAGAGCUGGCUGGACGGCAUACAGCGGCAGAUGAAGACAAAAAUGGGCCGCAUGCUGCAGAUCAGCCAGAUGCUGCAUCUGAGCGGUGCCCUCAAUUCGUCCUUUUCCACCCUCACUUGCCACCCAAAAGGCCCCUCUGGAGGGUCUAGAAAUCCCGAACCUGAACAACAGGCUCGGGAGAGUGCUGGACUAGCUGGGCCAGGAGAUGGCACAGGUUGUGCAGUCAGGGGCGAGAUUCGGCAUUUUCUGGUGAAGGUGGGAACUGAGGAGGUUCAUCUGGGGGCAUUGAAAGACGGUCAAGUGGUGAGUGACUUGCGAGGGGGAGGGAGGAGAGGGGAGGUGGGCGGGAGUGAGAGGGAGGGGGGAGAGGGGAGGGGGGUGGCAUGGGUGCGGCCAAUGCAGGUAGAGGUGCUGCCCACUGCUCGAGUGCGCUGCUGGCUUCCCUUUGACAUAGUGGUGGGUAUCUCACCAACAAAGAGGGAAGCCAGUGCUGCUUCAGCGGUUAUUGUUGCUACUGCUGCUACUGAUGGUGGUGGUGCUGUCGCUGCUGCCACUGCCAGUGCUGCUGUGCCUGCAGGUCAUGCAUCCGUUCUUCACAUCCCUGCCGCCUCUUCUGGCUGGCUCUCUCUCUUUGCUGACCCCUCCUGGUGCUACCUCACUCUCCUCCACACCUCCUAUCCAUUAUCUGUGAAACCACCUAAAGAAUCUGGCAGCAGCAGCAUCAGCAGCAGCACGGAAUUCGGCAGCAUCGGUGUGACUGCAGCAAGUGACACGUGGAACAGCGCCCCUGCCCACGUGCCCUGUGCUGGUAACCUGCUGGCGCUGCUGGCCCGUGACGUGCUGCCACCUGUCAAGGGCGCAGUGGCUCUUGCCCACCUGGGAGGGUUGCCGUCUGCUGGUGGGAACGAGGUCCAGGUGAAACUGCAUCAGGUGAAUUUCCAGGAGGGGCAGCAGCAGCAGCAGCAGCUGGUGGGCCCGCCUCAGGUGAAUCCUCAGGAGCAGCAGCAGCAGCAGCAGCAGCAGCAGCAGAGGCAGCGGCAGCAGCAGGGUGGUGUGUCAAUGAGGGGGAGUGCGUGUGAGAUGGCAGUGCAGUUGCGAACCCGAUACAGCGAUAAGGAUGCUGUGCCUGAGUUUGAGAUCUUUCCCGCAUGGACCAUCCACAAUGCCACUAACACGCCGCUGCUCUGCUCUGUGGCGGGAAACCCAGUGGAAUCAUCUUGGGUGCCAGAUGGCAGGGGGAGGAGAGGGAGCCGAGCACAGCAGCAAUCACAGACAUCUUCACCGCACUCCACCGCGUCUCUACUUCUGAACCCCAGCGCCGCCAAGCCGUGGCUUGCUGUUGGCACGUCAGUCUGCAUCUCCAUCGCACAGGCACAGGAGGGCACAAGUCAACUGGGAGUGGAGAGAGGUAACAACCGGGAGAGAGACAACAAGGGAAGCAGCAGUGUUGCAGGAAGAGGAGCCACCAUUGAUCUCUCUUCCAUCUGCCGCACCACAGAAAUCCAGCUUGUGCAGUAUGUAGCCGUUAUAAGGGACAGGGAGGCUACUGUAAGAGAACGGAGGAUGUCUAUAAGGGGUACAGGAAAAAGAGCUCAGGAGCAGCAGAGGGGAAGGGAGAGGCGGCGGCUAGAGACGGUGAUGGAAGGUGGGGAGGAAGGAGAGGAAGGGGAGGAAAGGGAGGAAGGGAAGGAAGGGGAAGGAAGAGAAGAAGGGGAAGAAGGGGAUGUGGAGGGGGGUGUCAUUGCUGGUAAUGCUGAGUCAGCAUGUGAUUGGUCGCUGCGUUGCUUCCAGUUUGCCGUCCGCUUGCGCCUGGCAGCGAGUGGCAGUCCCUCCCGUGUGGCGGAGAUCUGCCCACGAUACGUUGUUCGCAACCACUUCCCCGUGCCGCUGCUCGUGUGCCAGGAAGGGCUAGAGCUUUGGACCACCAUCCAACCAGGCGAAUCUGCACCCAUCCACGCCCAAUCACCCUCGCACAUCUGGUCUUCCCAUUCCUCCCUCGCCCUCUCCUCCUCCUCCUCCUCCUCCUCCUCCUCCUCCUCCUCCUCCUCCUCCUCCUCCUCCUCCUCCUCCUCCUCCCCCUACUCUCCUCCUGCUUCCUCCUCUCACGAUUCUGUGCUGGAAGAGGGCGGCAUCAUUCGUCCUUUCCUGCGUUUCCGCCCACUGGAUUCUUCCGAUCCAUUCUCGCCUGCUCCAUCCCCUCGAGGCCAAUCACAGCCUGCCACAUGGCAUUGGUCCGGGCCGUUCGGAGCGGCAUCUCUUGGCUCGUUCUGCCUCAAGAUGCGCUCUCACAGCAACAGCAGCAACAAUGGGGGUGCUGGUUACCCACUAGGAGGAACCAUCCAGGAAACUCCCCCAUCCCCGUCCCCAUCAUCCCCAUCAUCAAAAUCACCAGCAGCAUCACCGUCAGCAGCAGCAGCAGACCUCCGGCACCAGCUGUCAAUGUCGGUUGUAGCGGCAGGUGGCGUGCGCGUGCUACAGCCGGUGCUCUUCGCCGUUGCUGAUGUGGCAGAGGGAGGAGGAGGCGGGGGAGUAACCACGGGAGGCUCAGCAGAAGGAGCACCUGAUUUGAGGUUGAACACGUCAGCAGGGAAAGCAGGGGGGCCGGAAGGAAUGGGAAUGGGGCGUGGCGAUGGAACAUCAGGUGCUGAUGCAGCAGGGAAGAAAGAACCCUCGGGGAUAUCACCGUCAGCAGCACCGGGAGCAGCGUUAGCAGGGGCAGCGGUGGGCGGCACGUGGGUGGCGGAGAUUCGUCCAGUGGACGGCAUGAGGGAGGCGCCAUACCGCAUUGAGAACACUCUGUUGGGAUUGGCCGUCUCUGUAGCACAGAAGGGUUCAGAGGGAUGGGAGGUGGUGGAAGCAGGCGAAUCCGUUCCCUUUACCUGGGAAGACUGGCGCUUAACCAAGAGGCUGCUGCUCACUGCGCCAGGCUGCUCGCCCCAGCAGGAGUCCAGUAGCUUCUCCGAGUUGAGUGCAAAGGAGGAGGCAGCAGCACCAACAGGGAAGGGUAGAGAGAGGAGAGAGGGGAAAGAGCCGGAGGGAGAGGAAGGGAGAGGGGAGGAGGAAGAGGAAGAGGAGAGGGAGGAGGAGAGAGAGGAGGAGAUGGAUCGCCGGGUGUUGCUGCACGGGCGGGCGGACGGCCUGUGGGCGUCCUUGUCUCUUUCUCAAAGAGACCUGGCUCUUGAGGCUGUGCUGUGUAAUGCCGGUAUCGACUCUCGUUCCCCAUCCCUCAAGCCCCCACCGCUCCCCUUCUCUCUCAGCCACUCCUCCUCCAGCACCACCGCACAGCACCCCAUCCUCUCCUCAGCCGUGGUUCUUCGCUCCCUCAACCCGUCUGCCACCAUGGGUGCUGGGGCUGCCAGUGGCACCAUGAUAGGACGCACCUUGAGGGACUGGCGGGUGGGGAGGGAGGGCGUGGGAGGGGUGGGAGGAGGGAGAGGAUUAGGAGGAGGCGGAGGAGGAGGAGGAGGGGAGGGGGUGCCGUUGUGUUCAAUGGCAGUGGUUGUGAAUCGGCUGGCUUCGCGGCCACAGCACAUUCGCUCCGCAUCCUUCCUGCUGCAGGCAGUGGAGGUGAACAUAGAUGAGAGCACGCUGCUGCGCCUCGUGCCCUUCUACCGAAGCAAGGACCCCAGCGUGCCCGUGCGCGACUGGAGCACCACACCCAUCUACAUCGAAUACCUCGAGAUUCACCCCAUCAAGGUGGUGGCGAGUUUCCUUCCCAGUGCACCGGGUGCCAUUGACUAUUCAUCAGCACAGGAGGCGCUGAGGGGGAUUCUGCACUCGGUGAUUCAAGUGCCAGCAGUGCAGCGAACACCCAUCCACCUGCACGGGCUGCUGCUGACGCAUGCUCUCACCUCGUCCAAGCAGAUGGUUGCCAAGCUCACAAGACACUACUCGUGGUACGCCUUGAGAGCAGUGUACAUAGCACGGGGCCUGCCCCUCCUCCCACAGCCCUUCACGGCUCUCUUUGAUGACUCUGCCUCGUCAGCGCUCGAUGCAUUCUUCGACCCCUCACAGGGGCACAUCGCCCUGGCCACCGCCACCACCAGAGGAAUAUUUGAUAUUCUCCGCAAGGUUGUGAGGAGACGUGAUGCCGGCGGUGGUGGCAGCGCGUUUGGUAUCUCACCCACGCUCUUCCUGGGGGAUGUGGAGUCUACAGUGCGGGAGGCAGGCACAGGAGUGGUGCACGCAAUGGUAUCAGAGCUCUCUGACUCCAUGAUGCGAGGGGUGGAGAGCGGUGGCCUGCCGGGCCUGGCCAAGGGUUUUCAACGAGCCAUCCUCCGCAUUGCCAUGGAACCAGACACCAUGCUCGCACCCCUGCUCCACCCCUUCGCACCCGGCUUCACUGCCGCUCUCUCUUCUUCCGCCUCCUCCUCAUCCACUCGCCGCCGCUUCCUCUCCACUACACGCAUCUGCAUGCGCACCAGCCUUGGGCUGCACGAGGUAAAGUGUAGGCUAGGCUAG